AUGUCAUCUAAAGAUUUGCCAGCAAUGAUAGACAAAGCUUUAAAAAUAAUCAAAUUUUUUGCAUUAGCACCUGUUGCUUCUGUCAAAUACAUUAAGGGGUUAUUUGCAAUAAUUGGUAAAUUAUUUGGUAAACAUUUGGGAAUUCUUAGUUGGCUAUUUGGUUCACAUGAAUUUCUUCCACAUAAUUGGGCAACACAAUUAUUUGCAAAAAUGAUCUGUGGGCAAAGCUGGGAAAACCCGUUUUGUGAUAAUAUUCUUUUUCUUAUUGGUGGACCUGAAACUUCUCAAUUUAAUAGGAGUCGUUUAAUGGUUUAUAUGGCACAUGAACCCGCUGGAACUUCAACAAAAAAUAUUAUCCACUGGUCACAAAUGCAACAAUCUGGUUUUGUUCAAAAAUUUAAUUACGGAACAGCAAAAGCUAAUUAUUUACAUUAUGGACAAAAUACUCCACCAAUCUACAAUUUAACUAAAAUAUCCCAUGUCCCAAUUUAUUUAUAUUAUAGUGAUUCUGAUUGGUUAGCAACUAAAAAAGAUGUUGAGGUAAAUUGA